GGUUAUGGUACACCAGCCCCAAGCAAUGAGAACCAGUGAGUUUGAUUCAUCAGAUGAGGAGGAGGCAGGAGAGGAGCAACUCACUCCUUUGGAAAUCUCUUGGUUAUCAUUAUCAGCGGUGGAGUGCUCUCAGUUUCUGGGUAUUUGUCCUUUGCCAGGAUGCAAAUUCAAAGAUGUCAGAAGAAACCUGCAGAAAGACAUAGAGGAGCUGCGAAAUCAAGGAGUGCAGGAUGUGUUUGUUUUCUGCACAAGAGGGGAGCUUAAUAAAUAUAGAGUGCCCAAUCUGCUAGAUGCUUAUCAGCAGAAUGGCUUUGGGGUGCACCAUCUGCCCUUCCCAGAUGGGGGCACUCCUGAGCUACCCCAGUGCUCCCAAAUUCUGGAAGAGCUACAGCUCAGCCUGGAGAACAACAGACAAACUGUCAUCCACUGUUAUGGUGGUCUUGGUCGUUCAGGAUUAAUUGCUGCAUGUCUGCUACUACAACUCUCCGUCUCUAUGACGCCUACAAAAGCCAUCGACAUCCUGCGAGAACUCCGGGGAAGUGGAGCUAUUCAGACAGUCAAGCAAUACAAUUUUCUCCAUGAAUUCCGGGAAAAAUAUGCUGCCUAUCAAGAAACCAAAGAUGAUUUUACAGAACGAUCAGUGUCUCGAUAG